AUGGCUCUGCCUCCUUCCUGGGCCUGGGUCCUGCUUGGUUGUGCAUCUGCUUCUUUAGCAGGAGCUUUCAAUCUCUCGAAUCUGUAUCCUCCUCUGUGGCAGGAGAGCCCUGGUCAGUUCAGUGACUACGGGGUAGAGAACGGGAAAUACGUUAUCGACCCCUGGGUGUUCACUGACAGAAUGGGGAUGUACAAAAUCCUGCUGAAUAGGACAGCCACAUAUUUUGCAAAAUUUGGUCCAGAAAAUGAACAAAACCUUUUAUGGGGACUGCCUCUUCAGCAUGGCUGGCAAUAUAGAUCAGGUAGACUAGCCGACCCUGAGAGAAGGACAAACUGUGGCUAUGAACCUGACCCUCUCUGCAUUUCUGUAGACAGUUGGUGGGCUGAUAUGAAUUAUUUCCUGAGUGUCCUACCUUUCCUUGCUGCCCUGGAUUCUGGCAUACUGGGGACAUCGCCUAACAAUGUCACGCUUCUGCCUCCGCCCAAGGACCAGAUGCGGUUUUGCUACAAUGUUUCUGGCUGCCGUUCCUCCUUCCCCGACACAAUGAACCAGUGGAAAAUAUUUUUCCAGUAUAUGCAGUCACCUUGGAGCACCUUUGAAGAACUGUUGAAAUACUUAUGGGAUGCACAUACCACAUCCUUGAAAGAUCCUCCUAAAAUUUUUGAAGAUAGGCAUACAUAUUAUUCUGAAAAAGAAGCAAAUUUCGGAGAUAACUGGGCUGUCGCCGUGCUUUAUUUAGCUGCAUGUCGGUUUCCUACCACCUUGAUUAGAACAUACAAGUUCCAGAAGGGCCUUCCACCAAGAAUCCUGAACAGUACUGAUAUAGCCCCUUUCAUCCGUGACUUCACAGAACUUCAGAACAUUGUCCUGGUGGCUCUAAAAAUGAUUGGCGAUGUGAACAGAGUCACAGGUUCCUUAACUUUGAAUAUAUGGAAAAUUUUAAUGAUGACACAAACUGCAAGGAAGGAAUUUCUGCUGUUAUUUGAAAACGUGUUUGAAUCAUUCCCGACAUGCGUGCUGGCCCAAGCGGCUGGAACCGAGUGGAGUCUGAAAGUCGGAAGGCAAAAAGAACCACACAGGAGCUCUGUGCUGCAGCCGGUGGCCCUGCUUCGGUGGUGGUGUGUUAGGGACACGGAAGUCACCACGCCCACUCUGACGAAUGACGAAGCGGGAACAUGGUUUCUUAUUCCUAAGGCUGGAGGUUACAGACAAGAGGAGAGAGAAGGGGAGAGUGGUCGGUUGUGCGAUCAACUGGCAUCGGAGACAUUAAUAUAA